AUGGCGGGGUCGGCGCAGGACCAGAUCGUGGUCGAGGCGGCGGACCAACCAUCCCCGCUGAAGCGACCGAGCCGCGCCCCGAAACCGAGUGCGAAAGUUCGCGAAGCCAUGCAAUCGAUCGAAGACGCAACCGCCGCGUCGAGAAGGACUACGAGCGAUGCUACGCGGACCGCCGCUUCGAGAGGAACACGCGCGCUAGGAGGCGGGAACGCGACCAACAGCGAGGUUGGGACCGGGAAGACAGCGCUACAGACACUCCUAGAGGUGCUCAAUACACAGCGAAACGAGAUGCUCGAUACAAUCAUUGAACUGCGCGACGUGGUCAGCAAGCAGAAGAACACGAUUCAAGAGUUACACCAUCAGCUCCAGGAAUACCAACGUCAAAUGGAAUGCGCCCUAGGGAACACAAAGGCACAGCUAUCAGAGGAGCUGAGGCAAGCUCGAGACCAGAUCGACGUCCUUCUACGCAACCCGGUAUUCACGGCCUCGUCCCAGCCAAGCGCAAGAGCAUCGUGGCGGAUGUCAGAGAAGCAAUCGAGGCGGAGGUCCGGACACUGGAAAACAUGGGAGAUUGGCGCUGCGCUGCGGUUGGAUCAGCUCUACCCAGUGAGGAUCGAUAAUGCCAACCGCACAGCGGUCCUCGAUGCCGAGGGGAACGUUUUACCAGGGGCAAUGGAAGCCCUUGGUACGGAGAACAACGUCAACAUUGCCAAGAUUGCCUGGCUCAGCAGGAAGGAUACAAGCAAGGCCUACGGCUCGAUGGUUGUCUACGUGACGAAGGGCAGCGAAGCAAGGCGACUUCUAGACGGGCGUUACUUCCAUCUCGCCGGAGAAUCCGCUUACACGACCGUUUUCGCGCCCCGGGAAGGCCCAACCCAGUGCUACAGAUGCCAGGAGAUCGGCCAUAAGGCCUUCGCCUGCAAAAAGCCGCAAAGAUGCGGAAGGUGUGCGGAACAGGGUCACCACCACAAGACGUGUCAAUCCGUGCUUAACGUCCGCAAACGGAGAGAAGUGCAAGAGAGUCUGCUAAACGACGAGGGGCUUAAGAACUAUACAACAUUGGCAAUCUCCGAGCCAUAUGCCAGACUGAUUGACGGUUCGGUGGCGACGAUGCCAAUGAGUCACCAUAAUUGGACAAAAUUAAUACCAACGACAAGACGAGAGACACGAUGGCCGAUUCGGAGUAUGUUAUGGGUACGAAGCGAUGUGGAGGCCGAGCAAAUUCCAGUGCCGUCGGCAGACCUCACCGCAGCACAGAUCCGACUCCCAGACCGGGUGGUGCUGGUGGUGUCAGUCUACGUGGAGGGAGGCAGCGACGAAGCACUGGAAGUGGUGAUGAGAGAGCUCGACCGGCUGAUUAGGAGGUUCCGAAACGGAACGGGAAAUAGGACGGACAUCAUUCUGGCGGGCGAUUUCAACCGCCACGACCAGCUCUGGGGUGGAGACGGCGUGUCACCACUGAGGCAAGGCGAGGGAGACCGCAUCAUCAACCUCAUGGACGAACACUCCCUUUGCAGCCUCCUCCCAAGAGGCACAAAAACAUGGCAGUCAGGGGACGCAGAAAGUACGAUCGACCUGGUACUGGCCUUAGCGGAAUUAACAGAGCAACUACUCAAGUGCCGGAUCCACCCCUGCGACCAUGGAUCUGACCACAGAGCGAUCGAGACGACAUUCGACAUCGCAGUAGAAGACCGCCAAACCGAGACGAGGUUCCUCUUCAAGAAUGCGCCCUGGGCAGAAAUCAGGGACAGGAUGGCAGCGAACCUCGACCAUACCCCCCAGGGUGGCAGCGUCCAGCAGCAAGCGGACCGGCUCAUGACGGCGGUAACCGAAGCGGUCUUCGGCCUGACUCCCAAAGCCAAGCCAUCACCAUACGCCAAGCGGUGGUGGACAACAAACCUGACACGGCUCCGCCAGGCCUAUACAUUCUGGAGAAACCAGGCGAGAGCUCGACGCAGGAUGAGGCAAACGUCACCAGAACUCGAACAGCGAGCCAGGAACGCGGCCAAGGAGUACCAUGACGCUAUCCGCAGACAGAAAAGCUCACACUGGAACAACUUCUUAGCCGACGACGCCAACAUCUGGCAAGCAACGAAGUACCUGCAAACGGGCAGCGGCACGAUGGGCGACAAGGUUACCCCGCUUACCCGACCUGACGGCUCGGUCACGGAAGGCAAAGAAGAACAAGCACAAACGCUACUAGCCACCUUUUUCCCGCCGCUGCCAGAGAGAAUCGAAGACGAGGGACAACGUCCUCAGCGGGCACCAGUACAAAUGCCGGACCUGACAAUGGAAGAGGUGGAGCAGAAGGUCUUGUCCGCCAAACCGUGGAAGGCACCCGGGGAAGACGGUCUACCGGCAAUGGUACGGAAACAGCUCUGGCCAGUUGUUAAAGACAGAGUGCUCCAUUUGUUUCAGACUUCGCUUCGAGACGGCGACAUCCCUAGCCAAUGGAGGAACGCCAAGAUCAUUCCACUGAAGAAGCCAGGGAAGAGCGACUACACGCUGGCCAAGUCCUGGAGACCUAUCUCGCUGCUCUCCGAGCUUGGCAAGAUACUGGAAGCAUUCAUUGCGGAACGCCUAUCCUAUGCUGUGGAGACCUUUGGCCUUCUCCCUGGGAACCACUUCGGAGCUAGGAGAAGACGCUCAACCGAGCAGGCUCUCCUACUACUUCAAGAACAGAUCUACAAGGCAUGGAGAACUAGGAAGGUGCUCAGCCUGAUCAGCUUCGACGUGAAGGGUGCAUACAACGGAGUCUUCAAGGACAGGCUGCUCCAGAGACUCAGAACAAGAGGCAUACCAGACGCCGUGGUCAGAUGGAUCGAUGCCUUCUGCUCCAGGCGCACAGCGACCAUCGCGGUAAACGGGUUCACGCCCGAGCGACAAGAGUUGCCCCAAGCGGGACUGCCGCAGGGGUCGCCGCUGUCCCCAAUACUGUUUCUCUUCUUCAAUGCAGACCUGGUACAGCAGAAAAUCGACGCGAAUAGAGGCUCGAUUGCCUUCGUUGACGACUACACAGCCUGGGUCACGGGUCCAUCAGCAGAAGCAAAUCGCGCAGGCAUCCAGGCUAUCAUUGACAGAGCCCUGGACUGGGAAAGACCAAGCGGUGCACAGUUUGAAAGCGACAAGACGGCCAUCAUACACUUUACGAGGAACAAGGAGCGAUCUUCGGAACAACCGUUCUCUGUCAAAGGUGAUAUGGUCAAGCCGACUGAGAGUGCAAAGAUCCUAGAUGUAGUGAUGGACCGCGAACUCCGAUACAAGCAGCACAUAGCCAGGACGGCAGCCAAAGCCCCUGUCAUGGACUACGCUGCCAACGUUUGGAUGCAUGCGUGCGGAGGGAAGGCACUGAGCUGGCUGAACAGGGCGCAGAAGAUCGGGGCUCUGGCCAUCAUGGGAGCUUUCCGGACCGCGGCAACGACCGUGGUGGAAGCUGAAGCGAGCAUCUACCCCGUACGAGAACGACACACCCAGGCGGCAGUCAGGCUAUGGAUCAACAUCCACACCCUGCCCGGAUCGCAUCCCCUCGCGGUGAAGAAAAUCCGGACGACUGUGCGAUUCGUAUCCCCGCUGCAGAAACUCGCCCCAGCGGUAGAAGGAACCGAAGUUGACCGGAUGGAAACGAUCCAGGAAUAUGCCGUCUCACCUUGGGAACCCCGCCUGCGGCCGACGGUUGAAGCUGACCGAGCAAGGGCGGCCGAGAAGGUCGACAAAGCUACGGGAAUCCUGAUUGCAACUAGCUCAGCUGUAAAGGGAGGCAUUGUUGGCAUGGGCGGUAUCGCACGGGACACUCUCUUCAACAGAACCAACGAGACGGUGGCAAGCUAUGCCGUGGCCCUCGGAACACGGGAGGAGCAAAAUCCAUACACUGCAGAACUAGCAGCCAUCACAAUGGCCUUGGAGAAGGUACCGGCCAGCAUCUGUCACAGGCACAUCACCAUCGCCCCUAGGAACCAGUCAGCGCUAGCAGCAAUUAGGCAACCGCGGCAACAAUCCGGCCAAGGCAUUAUACGACACAUCUACGAAUUGACUAGACUGCAUCAAAAAAGAGGGAACUCGAUCAACCUGCAGUGGGUACCAGCGGAAACCGACUUCGCGUUGGGACUGGAAGCCAAAGCGGCAGCCCAAGGAGCGACAAGAGAGGGGCGCACGCCCGAGUCCCAAUGGCAUCACGCCAAGUCGACGGCAAUUAGGGCAGCAAUGGCCAAGCAACGAAAGAGAAGGGUUAUCCCCGAAGUAGUGAGCAAGUUCUCCAAAGCUAUAGACGCGGCACUGCCAGGAAAGCACACCCGCGUUCUCUACGACAAGCUGAAGCGAAGAGAGGCCUGCAUUCUGGCGCAACUCCGAACCGGAAUGGCAAAGCUAAACGGUUUCCUGAACAGGAUCGGGGCCGCCGAAUCUGACUUCUGCGCCUGUGGACAUGCGAGCGGAACAGUGGGACACUUUCUACUACGAUGCACCAAGUGGACAGCUCUAAGAGACGAUAUGCUGCAAUGCUCAACGACAAGACGAGGGAGUCUCUCUUUCUACCUAGGAGGAAAAGCGCCAUCAGAAACAAGACGUUGGUCACCAGAUAUGAAGGCAGUCCGAGCAACAAUCAAAUACGCAAUGGCGACAGGAAGGUUGGAACAGAACGUGGAGGAGAGAAUGGAGCAAUCGCAGUAG